AUGCUCCGUGAGCGAACCCACAUUAAGACGUUGCUGGAUGCCACCGGCCACGCCCAGGAGGGGAUCCCGCGCGACGAGGGAAAUCCGUCCGAGGAGCCGAUGAUGGAUUCGGUGUUCGCGAAAGGUGAAACCGCGUACGCGCCGCCGAGGCUGUUGCCGUUUGGUCGCGUGAUGGAACGCGAGCGGCUUUUAACCACGAAGCAGGUGACGAUCGACGCGACCGGGGAAUAUCUGAAAAAUCAUCUGCCUUCCUACCCACUUACGAGUAGCAACUGCGUGAAGGAGUUCAUGGCGUGGACGAAUAACCCGAUGUGGAAAACGCGGCUGCGGGAGGAGGAGUAG